GCGAGGGACCGUUGAGUUUGAAAUGUGCAGCACUGCCACCGCCAGAUGACGACUAGCGCCCAUUCCCGUUCAAACUGAACACCGACAGCUGUUUGAUAUCCAUUAGCUAACGUUUAAAACAGAACAAGAGGGAUACAACUCAGCAAGCUGUGUUAUAUUCUGUUAAACAUGUCAAAAAAACAAAUCUACUAUUCUGACAAGUACACGGAUGAAGAGUUCGAGUACAGGCAUGUUAUGCUUCCAAAGCAGUUGUCAAAACUGGUGCCCUCGUCCCAUUUGAUGACAGAGGAGGAGUGGAGGGGGCUGGGGGUUCAGCAGAGCCAAGGAUGGAUCCAUUACAUGAUCCACAAGCCAGAACCUCACAUACUGCUCUUCAGAAGACCCCUUCCUAAAGACUGAGAUGGAACAGUCCAGGAAAACCACCUUUGUUGAUUUGUAUACUGUAGUCUUUGUUGACAAUACACAAUGUGCAUAUCUCCACGUGUGACGGUGUUUAGUAUAGACCCCUUAAUUGCAGUUUUUCCGAAAACUCCUUCCCUUAAAUUGUGGAGGUGCUUGAAGAUGGAGGCAGCCAAUGAGAGCUCAGGACAGAAAAUACUGCCCCAUUUAAUAGGUGGUGAGCAGUUCUGCUGUGAUUGGUUUGAUUGAGACUUGCAACAGUAUGAAGAUGGGAUUUCUCGUGGGAGAUUUGACCUCGCCUGGAUAACAUGUGUUUCUUUGAUGUUAAGUUACUUGUCAAGAUUAGCUUUAUUUGCAACCCAUGGACCAAUGGAGUUAUGUUUUAUUGAGCAUAUGAUCCAGUUGAAAAGAGAUGUUCGGUAUUUUACUUUUUUAUUUACUGUGUGAAUAUUUAUAUAUUCUUACAGAACAUACAUUUCGAUAAAUGUGUUAAGUUUUUGAUGAUUCUUAGACAGUACUGUUAUUUCUGAACAGUACAAAUAAAACGUAUUGCUCUACA